AUGAAUAAAAUUGGAAUACAAUGCAUAAUCAGUCUACUUAUUUUACUGAUAAUAUUGCUAUUCAGGAAUACUUAUUUAAUUAAUAUUACUCAAAUUCUUUUGUAUUUGUCAUAGCUAUCAAUAAUUACUAUACCAUCUUAACUACUCCAAUUGAUAAACUUGUUUAUGAUCUAUGUAAUAAAGAAAUGCAGACAAAGAAGUAUUUAUAUCUAGGACUAUUUAUCGUUGUAUUGGUUGGGGUAAGUUAAUGAAAUAAUUAUUGAUAAAAUAGAUAACAAAGUUUCAAUGUUCAAUAAAUCAUAAAUAAAUAUUAGAUAUUUCACCCAAUCGCAAUUAGAGGAUGCAUAAAAAAUAGCAAUUCAAACAGAUCUUGUGAAAGAGGAUGAAGUAAAUGAUAGGUAUAUCGAAGGUAAUUUGUUAAGCAGUAGUUUCGAAUAGAAAAACAAAUUUAUGUUUCUGAGUAGAAGACUUGUUUGCCCAACUUUGGAUCAUUUAAAAUUAGAAAGGAUUUAGUCAAGUAAGACAUUGGAGUGGCUAGAAUAACAGAAAUAGAAAUUCUAGUUUUAAGGAAUUGUUGAUUAAUAAAAGCUGUAUGAGGAGAUUAAAAAUAAGAACAUUAUCAUUGGAGGAAAUGCUGAUAGAAAAGAACAAUUGAUAAAUUUACUUAAACUCUAUGACAAAAUUAUAUUCAUAAAGGGAGAAGAAAAUGAUGGCAAAGCUAUGGAAAUGGCCCAUGUUAGUAUUGGACCUCAUGAGUCUAGAUCAUGCAUCAAACUGUUCAAUCAUCUAGAGUAAAGCGAUCAUAGUUACAUAUCAUCCAUGUAUGAAUGCAUCAGUUAAGGGAGGGCAGUUUAUUUUUAUAUUCUGUCAUAUUCUUAUGCUUUGGCUUGCACUUCAUAAACCAUCAUGAUCUUUGCAAUCUCUUCAGCCAUUUUAUCUGAUGAUAUUUUUAUUAUGCCUAUUCCAACUUUCAUCAUUUUCUAUCUCACUUUGAAUCAUUUUUCACAUUAGAUUUAAAAACAAUGCAAUUAGGAUGUCUAGACCUACGUAAUGCAUCGAAGUCCCUAUACGAAGUAGGGUAGAAUUAUUGAUAGACAUACAAUGAGGAAACUAUACAAAUUGCAUUCCAUUUUAAUUGUUGAGUUACUUAUCGCUUCUUACUAUGGCUUUUUUCAAUCUGUUUAGGAUAUCUACAUUGGAUUAUUAUUUAGCAAACAUGUCUUUAUUAUGGUUAGACCUAUUAAAUAAGUGUUACAAUAAAUUGAAGGCAUUAUAUAUGGAUUAUUAAUCAAUCUAAUCAAUUAAUUCAUAACUUAUUCAAAUUAAGAUUAUCAAAGCAUCUCAAUACUCUUAAGAAACUAUUCAAUUGGUUUAAUUGUUGUAGCAUUUAAUUUAUUUGUUGGUUAUAGAUGA